AUGGAGGACGACCGCCCCGCUGCUGGUCUAGCGGCCAUGUCGUCGAGACUAAUCAACAGGUUGCCGUUUGAGGACGACGAGGGUUUAUCGUUUGUGGGAUCCAAGAACGGAUUGCGCGAGACAGGUCGACCGUUGGACGAUGUCGACGGUGCAGGAUCAAGAAAUGGGGACGUUGGGCUGGGGAUCGAUGGCGAAACGGCACGCGUGCGGAAGGGGUUGUUGGAGGCGAGUAGCAAGCUGAUAUUCCGGAGACAAAAGGCCACGAGCAGGUUUGGAAAGGCUGAGAGAAGGCUCUGA